GGGUCUCGAGGUUGCCCUUACAGCAGAAACCGUGUUCCUAGGGAUAACUGGUCAAGAUUGCGAGGUUUGACGCCGAUAGUAACAGCGGAGAUAAGUCGACGAGCGACCAAGACCGCCAAUCCAUCACCUCUUUUCUUGCCCCCUCCUCCCCUCCACGAGCACACUCGACCAGCAUGGAGGACGACAACUCCCAGCAUUGACUGUCCACUCUGGAGACCAGCAUCCAGAACAUCGAAGCCGUACUCAAU